AUGUUUCCUUCAGAAGCUUCCUCGGCGUCCUCAGCCGAGGAUAUACAGAACAGUGAGCUCAACAAAGUAGCGACCGUUGCCUCGACUAUGAGGUCCCAUCAUCUGCUCCGUGUAUGGAGUUAUGUCCCUGAUGUGGCACCAAUAUUCUACCCGGACAACGUACGAAGGCGUCAGCUCUCGGACUCUGAACUAUUGGGCACCCCAAUCGCCAAGAAUAUAACUCGACGCGUCCGUGCUUAUACGGCCGAUUCGAUCAACGCCGUCUUGAAGGUGGAGCCCGUCCUCGAUAACCCAGGCGACUGGAUGUGGUGGAGCCCCGCGGAAGGGACAGAAGGUGGUAACAGAGGCUUCGUGGAUCGAGUGGAGGAGCAACUCGAGCAUGGCUACAUCCCAGAGGCCCCCAUUGUGACAGUCGAUGACCUACAGACUGAAAUCGGCAUUACCCCUAUAGAGAUGAUAGCCCGGAGGGAGGAAUUCAUGGAGGCCGGUGGGAUAUGGUCGUCAAUCUUCAAUCUCACCACGGCUACCUUGGGCGCAGGAGUUCUGUCCCUACCUUAUGCUUUCCGUAGCUCCGGCUACCUCGUGGCUUCCCUGUGUCUACUAGGCUGUGCCAUUCUCUCGAACAUAACCAUCGGUUACAUCCAGGAGUGCAUGGACGUCUCGAGAUGCCAGACGUUUGAGAAGUUGGCUUUCAGCUGCAGUCCUAAUCCAGUUUGGGGUCGAAGAUUUGCCCUCUUCACCAUCAUCAGUGUCAUAACCUUUUGUUUUGGUGCAGCUGUUGGUUACCUCAUUACCAUCGGACAGAUAGGUGGGUCUCAAUAG